GGCCUACAUGCUCGCGAAGGCUGCCUCCACAGUUUGAUGCGGGCAGCCGCGCCGAGCAAGGAGCUAAGCGUAUCGACACACUAGGAUUAACGCAGCAGACACACUGGCGCAGCGCGAGAUCCAGCUCAACCCAUCGCCGCGCAGCACACCACCAACCAACACGCGCAGCGACGCCGCCGCCGGGCCGCGCCCCGAGGCAGCCCAACCAACGCGAGGCAUGCCCCUCUCCCCCAAGAAGGCCAAGGCCAAGGCCGACGCUGAGAGAAGAGAACGGGAAAAGUACGCGCCCGGCACGUCCGCGCGGUUACCUCUGCCCUACAAGCCGUCGCCGGAGGUCGCGAAGUGGCUGACCACCGAGAAGAAGGAGUGGUGCGAGGACGCCGUCGCCGAAGCACUCGCGCGAGAACCGGUGAAGUGCUGUUUGGCACCGGACUGGCAGGACGAGUUCACGGGAAAAGACGUGCGGCAUGAACUGGAGUGGCCGGCGCCCCCAGAAGGCUACCAAAUUGGCGUGACGAAUCGCGAUUAUCCCCGCGAAAGUAGGGCCUUCGGCGACGUGUCCAUGGAGGGCCACCACGGCUUUUUGUCGAGGGCAGCUCGCGCGAGGCAGUACGACGGGAUUACAAGAAAUUGGUUCCCGGAGAAGGGUGCUGCCCCAGCGUAGAUUUUGAGUCCUCGCGAUGCCACGCCGCCGCGACGCCGUCGACGCGAUGCCACGUCGCCGCGACGCCGUCGACGUGGCCGUCGUUCCGCGCAGGCGACAAGGUCGAAGUCCACACGCACGGCGUCUGGCGCAAGGGUUCGGUGCGGAAGGUGAACUACGGGCGAUUGUGCCCGGGUAGGCCUCCCGAUAUUCGGUACGAUGUCCACCUGGAAAGUGAAGGCGCGUGGCUGCCGGACGAGAUAGAUCAUUUGAAGCGCGUGUUCAAGCGCGUCGACGAAGACGGCUCGGGGGAGAUCGAUAGGGAUGAGCUCCAGAAGCUGCUCAUCGAGCUGGAGCACCCGCUGGCCCUGGACGACUACUGCGUCGACGAUUUAUUUCGAAGGACGGACAAGGACGGAAGUGGCCACAUCGACUUUCCGGAGUUCUGCGACCUCGUAUAUGUGGAGCUCCACGACGACAUCGGGUUGCCGCACACGCUGUACAACGUGGGAAGCGGCGUCUUGCCUUCGAUCCUGCGUCGACGGCGUCGAGGCCGCGCCAUCGCCGACGCCAUGACCACGCAGGUCCCCCACCGCAAGCUCAGGAGGGAGCCCUGGAAGUUCGGCAAGCCCCAAAAUAUCUUCGCGACGAAGCGCGGCCCUUUGAAAACUUUGUUAGCUGUGCACCACAAGGGCAUCCGCGUGCGCAAGAAGGCCUUCCAGAAGGCGCGGACGGACACGAUGUGCCUGCCUCUUAAAAUACGAGAGCGGGUCACGGACAUGCCUGCUCGACAAAUGAUUGCGAACCGCGCGGAGUCGAAGAAGGCACUGGCGCGGGACCCGUUCCACCCUGAGAACCGAGAUAUCUAUUGUAGGAAGCAGCUGCGGUACGCGGCCAAGCCCCCGGAGAAACGUAGGAUGCGGUGUCCGCCUCCACUGUUUGUUGACAUGUCGCGUCGAUGGCGAACGAGCUGUACCAUACGCUACGGAGGGGCAGUGCACACUCACCGGUGGCUUUCCACGCAGGCAUCACGCACGUCGUCACCGUGCGCGACAAUUUUUUGGGAGGUUCUAUCAUCCUACCGGAUAAGUGCUUCGACGGGUUAGAAUAUCCCCUCGCGAAUCAAGACAGGCACCGCCACGUCUACGGGCGGAAGAAGUUUUCCAAGAGAGACGUGAACCCUCUGAACGCGAAGGCGCCCUCGUCACUCGUCAAAGGGCGCUCUUUCGAACCACCAAAAUUACCGAAGAAAGAACGCCGGAAGCUGUCCUACGACGACGACUGGGGCGGCUCUGUCGAGGAGACCGAGAAACGCGAAGCUGAAGAGCGAGAACAGCAAAUCAUCAAGGAGCGGUCGCGCUACACCGUCUCCCAGGAGUUGUUGGAUGGCGUGGCCCGGGCGAACGCGUCCUCGGCACCCUUCUACGGCUCCCAGAUCGUCCGGGGCGAGAACAACCGGUGGAUCCUGCAGAAGAUGGAGAAGCCGGAGACGAAGAAAAAGAAGAAGAAAGAAGCUGCUAUUGAUCCGUCGCUGUUGAUCGCUACCGAUCAAGUGCCGACGGCGGGGUAUACUUAUGUGUGAUAGUUUUUCCUUUCG